AUGCGUGUAUACGGCUUUGUGAUGCUGUCCAACAUGUCUCAAGAGGAAGUGAUUAACUGCACCCUCAACCAUAACAUCCAUCAAUACCUCUUCUCCUCAGUCUAUAUCAUUGUAUUGCUGGUGGGUGUUCCCUCCAACCUGUACUCCUUGUACCAUGCUGUGCUGCAGCUGAAGCAAAAGAAUGAGCUAGGAGUUUAUUUGCUGAACCUUACUAUUUCUGAUCUGCUGUACCUGGCUUCAUUACCUCUGUGGCUCCAGUACUUCUUUCAGGAUGAUGAUUGGCGUCACAGGGAGUGGUUGUGUCAGCUAUGUGGCUUCCUGCUUUAUGAAAACAUAUAUAUCAGCAUUGGCUUCCUCUGCUGUAUCAGUCUGGAUAGGUACCUGGCUGUUGUCCAUCCACUAAGGUUCUCCUCUCUUCGUUCUAUGCAUGCAGCAUGGCUCGUCACUGCCAUCGUUUGGUUGAAGGAGGUAGCAGUAGGUGUGGUUUUCUUCCGCCAUAAAGAACUGAGCCGUGACCGCACCAACCAAUCAGUGUGCUUCGAACACUACCCCAUGCAGCCGUGGGAGUAUCCAGUCAACUACUACCGUUUCACCAUGGGGUUCCUGUUCCCGCUGGUUAUUUUGUCGAUCAGCUACCUGUGUGUCCUCCGUGCUGUGGGUCGAAGUGCAGGGACCCAGCCGGACCAGAAGAUAAGGAUCCGACAGUUAGUCAGCAGCACCAUCCUCAUCUUCCUCGUCUGCUUCUCCCCCUACCACAUCUUCCUAUUAGUCCGCACCCUGUUGGAGAGGGACUGCACAUUCAUUGCAGAGAUAUUUAACUACUACCACCUCUCCUUGUUGCUGACCAGUCUGAACUGUGUGGCUGACCCUGCACUGUACUGCUUUGUCAGUGAGAGUGCCCGCCGUGGCCUGCACAAGGCCAUAUUUCGGCCUGUUGCAAGGAUACUAUGCUGCUGCUGUCGCCGUGGGAAUGCAAGCCCUGCCCACCCCGCCUCUGACUCUCAUGAGGUUGCGACUGACGAGAAUAAUGGGCACCCCACCGUGACACUGCUCACACACACCAGCACACACAAAACAGCACACUUAAAAAGAGACACAGAUACAAAUGCCAGCAAAGAUACUAGUACAAUUUUAAUAACACACACCAAUAAAGAACCGCUCACACCCCUAAUCAAACUCACUGACAUACAUUCUAACAAGGAUACAAACAGUGCUGCAAACUCAAACUGUUUGAUUGCCCUGGUAGAGCAGGACCAAAAGACAGAGAUCUGAUGAGAUUGACCAGAAGACCAGCUGAAGGCAAACACCCAAGGACUUAUCAGGAUGUCCUCAACUGUUUCAGUCUGGGACCCUGACCGGAGUAAAAAUAGACUCUUUCCCUGUAAACCAGUCUAACAUACUAGUAUUCUUGUCAUUUUGGGGUAAACCAGGCUAUAGUGCUGUAUUCAUAACUGCGAUUGCUAAAAUAUGGUCAUAACCUCCUUUGUUAUCAAACAAUAACAUAUGCUAUACUGGAGCUA